AUGGAUCGAGGCUCGGAUUUCCAAGAGUCCGUCGAUCUCCUUCGUCGGCUUAUAGUCCCAACUGGGAGGUUUGAGGAGAUUGAGCUGGACCAAAUCAUCGAAGAACUUCAACAGCUGUCAUUAAUCACACUUGUGUCACUCUACUCGGAUAUACGACUGCGCUUUCACCCCCUCUUACAUGCGUGGGCAUAUGAUCGCCAAAGUGCGGAAGAGAACCGACGGAACAAGGCUGCGGCUCUACGACUGCUGACCUGUGUCGUGGAUCAGAAUGAUGCCGUAGACAUCGAGCCAGAGCUCUACCCACAUGCGCGUCGUUUUGUUUCCGAGAUCGACACACUCCAUGUGAAUGACAGGGCAGCACUGGUUGAACUAUCUGAUCCAUCUACGCUCUUAGAAGCUAAGCUCAGAACCUGGGAGCAAAUUUAUGAAAUAGUACGCACUGCCCAUGGGGAUGAGGAUCUCCGAACCAGCGAUGCACUUAUUGGUUUUGCUUUGGGACUUGAGGCUAUCCCCGAUUACCCCAAGAUGGAGCGGCUUCUACGUGGAGUCCUGGAAUUGCGAAGAUCGAUUAGUGGGCCAAAGACUGCCCUCACCGCUGAGGCUAUGUACUGGCUGGCAACUUGCCUUGGGAAUACAAAGGACGGGCUCAAAGAAUCAUUGGAUUUAUUGCGCGGCAUAUGA